UUUCAUGUUAGAGCCCAUAAAUUUGGUAUGUGGGGUAUUUGUUUUAUAUUGUCUUACAUUCCCAAAGCAAAGUCUUGUCUUCUCUAUUUACAAAACUUUGCAUCUAGAAUAAUAUAUCCCUGUGAAUUCAGAGACAUAUCUUCAAAAUUUAACAGAAAUGAACAUGAAAAUGACAAAGUUCACUUAUUUUUCAUCUGUGCUUAUUUCUUCAUCUAGAUCUUAAAUACCAAAAUGAGGGAUAUCAUCAUAAUUUGAAAUUCUAUAUGUUGGAUCAUAUUACAGAAAUAAUGGAAAUAAAAAUAACUGUUUAAAAUAACUCCAUAGUUAUUACUACUGGCGAUAUAUAAAAUAUUAACUUAUUUUAGUAUAUGGUUCAUAUAAAACUGUUAAAUUCAGUAAAAUGUUGCCACAAGUUUAAGUUAGAGGGUUAAACUGUUUAAAUAAGAAGAUAUCUGCAAGCACAACUGACGGAAAAUCUCACAUUUCAAGGAAAGUCUUACAAGACACUUAAAUACAUACUACAUUUAAUCUACAAACUGAACUGGCAGAUAAAAUGCUAUUCAUGACUUAUCAAAUGCUACCAAAUGACUAAUUCUUUAAGCUAACAAUGGAUCACUGAUUAUGUGUGCUAAUCUUCCAAUUUCAAAAGCCAUGGAAUGUUUAAGCAAGGUCUUAAAAUAUCUAUUUUGUACAUGAUAGAGUAUAUUGUCUAUCAUUUAAAAACAUUGACUUCUUUAUUUCACGAUCAAUAAUUAUUACAAUACACUAAUGAUACACAGAAGUCAUUUAAUGGCAGAAAAUAGGAAAAUUAAUGCACUUUCAUGUACAAAUAAUAAAUAAGACAUGAAGGAGGAAAUUAAAAAAAGUUUUCACUAAACUUUAAAAUAUCUGCUGAUAAGGAAUGAGUGGAAAUUAACUAGUUUUCAUGCAAGUUUUGCAAAAGUUUUUACUUCCUGAAAUUUUAAAGAACAAAAGCAAUGAUUUGAAUGGAGAUAUCCUUUUAAAGAUUCAGACCACAAAACAGUUAUUAACUAGGGUUAAUACAAAAGCCAAAUGUAAAACCUCAUGGAAUAUUUUACAUUUACAAACUAAAAUAUGCAGUAUUUAUUGUGUGAAUGAGGAAUGAAUAAGAAAAUAAAACACGGGAUUGUCUUACAGGAAUGGAGAUUUUAUUUAAAGUAUAAUGUGCUUUUGACAUUUCUUCAAUGAAAUAUAAUUAUGAACCAAAAAGGAGAAAAUAUAGCAGCAUUUACAGUGUUCUUACUGAUUGUAGUGAACGCCGUGGGUCUAGGUAUACCUGUGUGGUAUAACAAGGAACACAUGCACAGUGUGAACACUACCAUAGAGAAACCUAACUGUAUUGUGCACGUAAACAUUAGGGAAGGCUUGUGGCAGAGGUACUGCCUGGAGAGCAGAGUGGAGAACUGUGAACUUGAUGUUCAAGAAUGGUGUGACAAUCUAGAUUUUCCAGUGUACAAUGACUUUGUGAUAGCAACAGAAAUAUGUGGAGAUCUAAUUCUAUUGUUUGUGUUUGGAACAAUUAUUCGCAGCAAAUGUCGGAAAAAAUCAUUCCACCUUGAGAUGGUGGGGGCAGAGGCAGGUUUAGGAGGAGUGCUUAUGAUCGUUGGUGUUCUAGUCUAUGCAGCAGCAGACAGUGAGAUUGGUUACCAGGCAACAGACCUCCAUGUUGGAUGGGGACUAUGUUUGAGUGCAGGAGGAACUGCAGUGUUGUUGUGUAUAUACUGUAUGUGUAAACAUGUAAAAGCUAUACCCACAAUGCCUGCUGGAUACUUCCCUAUAGAUGAUGAAGAUGAUGAAUUAAUGUUAAUGGAUAUAUAACAAACCAACAGACGGACAGACAGACAUUAUAUACAGUUACUGUUAUAACUGCAAUAUCAAUUGCAAAAGUAAAAACUGCAAAUGUUUUGUGAAUUAAAUAUUUGUUAUAUUUAUAUCUGUAGAGGUUGUAUAAAUUCCCUUUUAUUCCUAGUAGCUAAUUUUUGUAUGCCGAGAUGAAACAACUAACAAGUCUAAAAGGAUUUCACACGCAUGCUACACUAUGCAGAAUUUAGGUUUAACGAGAAUCUACCAGAGGAAGUGCUUUAAAAAUUCUGAUUCUGUAUUUUCAUUUGGUAGCUUAUCAGUAAGCAUAAUAUGCUCUAUGCCAUAGACCACCACUGAUGCUUUAUGAUUCUAUCAACUGCAAUACAAGAGAGCCAGCUAAAACCACUACAAUUGCAGCAUAUCACUGCUUCUGUCUGACACUGCACUGAAAAAAAUGUUGUAGUUAUAUUCUGACAAUCAUUUCUCUAAUGGUACUUACUGGCACUUUUUAUAUUUAAUCUAGAACCUGUUCUAGUAUUUGCCAAGAACUAAUAGAUAGGGGUCAAUUUUAACAAAAAUAUUUGAAAGUACAAUAAAAAUAAGACAUAGAAAAUACACUGAAUGUGUUUUACACGGCUAAAUAUGAUUUUGAGCAGACUAUCAAAAAACCUUGAUGACUGAGGGAACAAUAUUAAAGUAACAUUUAUACAUCAACACUUAAAAUCACACACCAUCUGUCGAUAGUUUAUUCAGUUCUUAACUAUACUGUAACUUCUACUUUAAGAUAUGUAUAGUGACUAUCCAUCCUAGGAUUGUUUUUGCAAAGAAAGUUGAUAUAUUAAGAAGAUGGAAUGGCAGAACAACUAAACUCCUUCUAUUUUUCAUUACAUAUAUAUUUAAUGCAUGACUUAGGUUUUAAACACAAAUGCCAUAACAUCCAAAGUUUUGUAAUAUGGGUUAAAUUUUUUGUACGUUUCUUAAAGAUCUGAUAAUAAGCGCAAUAUAUUUAAGAAUUAAAUGUUAUUUCUUGUGCAUUUAUAUGGGUAUAAACUACAUUGGGACUUCUUGCAGAUCAUCCAAGAAUGGCUAACACUACCUAUAGUUACAUGUUCUUUUUUAAAAUUUUGGUGUACCAGUAAAAUUUUGAAAGAUUUUUUUUUUAACGAUGCCAUUUUUUAAUGGUUUUUUCUUUUGUAAAUGAUGUCAGACUGCAUUUGCAAUCUUGUGGAAAGGGCUGUCCUUGAAAUUAUUACACCAAUGUUGUUUAUAUAGAAAUAAACUCUUUUUCUUCCAUACAUAAUAUAUAGCAAAUGUAAGUAUUAAUUUUGGAUCUGAAAAUAAUUCAAAUAGCUGUAACUGAUUACCUUAGCAAAUUACAUGUACGUUUAGACAAUCUGCACUAAUUCACUUUAUACUGAUAGAUUUCUAUUUGGACCCAAUACCUUAAAAACUGUGACAGAAGAUACCCAAACAAACCAUGUAUUUCUUUAAUGCAUUAUAUACACCAUUUUGUAAAAUUUCAAAGCAGUUACUCUUAAACCUGGCAUGAACAUGUAAGCCACGCCAUGAGAAAACCAACAUAGUGGCUUUGCGACCUGCAUGGAUCCAGACCAACCUGCACAUCUGUGCAGUCUGGUCAGGCUCCAUGCUGUUCGCUAUCGGUUUCUCUAAUUGCAGUAGACUUUAAAAGUGAACAGCAUUGAUCCUGACCAGACUGUGCAGAUGCGCAGGCUGGUCUGGAUCCAUGCUGGUCGCAAAGCCACUAUGUUGGUUUUCUCAUGGCGCGGAUCAUGCAUGUACUGACAAUAUGUGCAAGUUCAUUUCAUAGUGAUACAUUCUGGAAAUUUGGGCUAGACCCCUUAAGGUGUAGGAGUAUAUCAUCAAAACACAGAAGUAUUUGGUAAAUAAAUAAACCACAUGUUUACCAACAAUCUACCUGCCCUUUAUAUGUUCUGUCGUACUGUCCUAUAUGACUGGAUACUUUAAAUAUUAUCAAAAAGUUGUCCCCCUUCAAAAAUGAAUGACAUUUAUAAAGAAAAGAAAAUAAACAAAUGCUGAAACCUAUGUUCCAACUAGUUACAUGAAAUUUCAGCACUGGGACAUUUUAGCAAAUGCAUCAAAACUAAGAUAUAUAAUAUUUCUUUGAAAAUGGUGAGAUUUUAAAGGCACUGAACUGUCCAGUUGACAAUUGUUUUGAAGAGUAUAAUAUACAUAUUUUAUAUGCCAUUAUACACUUAAAAAUCUUCUAUUAAUGCAACACUUACUAAGUCCUCAAAAGUCAAGAACAAUAGUGCAUCAAAAUUUUACCAAAAUCAACUCCUGCUAUACAACAUGUACAGUACUUCAUUUUCCAAACCUCUCAUCACAAUAACACAUAAUGUUUUAUUUUUAUUAAACAUAUCAAUAGAGUAUAUGACAAAACAGAGGUUUAUUAUGUGAAAUUACUGACUUUUCAUAAAUAUAUUGUCAAGUAACUGAAGUCUUAGAAUGAAAAAUAAAAUUUUCUUCUAAGUUAUGGCAGGAUAAUGA